CGCAGCACUUGCUUUGAAUUGACCAGCUUACCCUACUCUGGAAACGUAUUUGUCCGGGAAUGGGUGUUGCGAUCUGGCGAGCGGAUGUGUCACAACCUGGACGCGACAAGUGACGUUUCAAAAGCAAGCUGGUUCCAUUGAAUCCAUUUGCGUCCCGGAACAGUCCAUCCAGCAGCAGAAUCAAUACUUCCGAGACCAGACGGUACGUAAUUAAGAAGGACUUCGGAAGGACCUCGAUAGUUUAGCAUUUCUCUAGUAUCGAUUCGCUGCUCACGAACAUAAUGAGGAUCCACGUUACGAACGACGUCGGCGACGUUCACCAGCUCGAUGUCGACGGCCAAAUGGAGCUGGUGAACCUUGCGGCACUUAUCGAGGCCGAGAUGAGCAUCCCAACUCAGCAGCAGGCCAUUUACCACAACGGAGCCCAGCUGACCGAUAUGACAAAAAGCAUACUCGGCGCGGGCAUCAGGCAGGAUGACAUCCUUCUGGUGCGAGGUGCCCCACCAGCUGCCGCCGGGCAUUCCCGGGCAGCAGCUAGAUCGCCACAAGAAACUGCCGAGGUUGUCCGAAACCAGAUUCUCGCUGAUCCACAUAUGUUGCGACAGCUGCAGCAGUCGAAUCCCCAACUUGCUGCCGCCGCGCAAAAUGACCCGGUCACCUUCAGGCAGAUGUUUAUCGAGCUCGAAUCGCGUCGACGUGAGUUCGAGGAGAGGCAACGGCAACAGGAGGAAAUGCUGUACAACUCGGAUCCGUUUGAUGCCGAGGCGCAGAAGAGGAUUGAGGAAGCUAUUCGGCAGCAAAAUAUUGCUCAGAACAUGGAGAACGCGAUGGAGUAUCAUCCGGAGUCAUUCGGCAACGUGAGUCGUAAUGCUGUACAUUGAUGCUGAAGUAAAUGGCCGCCCGGUGAAAGCAUUUGUCGAUUCGGGUGCACAGGCCACGAUCAUGAGCCCAGCCUUGGCCGAGGAAUGUAACAUCAUGCACCUCCUGGAUGUCCGCUUUUCUGGAAUCGCCCAGGGAGUUGGAACCGCCAAG